CAGGCGGCCCGCCGCUCGCAGCUCGCGACCCCGGAAGGCAGCGCCCGCGGCCCAGCGGCCCCAGGCUGCCGGUGCCGCGCCGCCCGCGCGUGGCGCCAGGACCAGCACGCCGGGCCGGCAGGGAAAACGGCCUCCCGGGACCGCGGCGCCCCUCGGCUGGAGCGCGAGCCAGCACCGCUCUGAGGUCACCGGCUCAGGAUGGGGAACCACGUGGGAAAGCGAGAGUCAAGUGCGGAGAAAGCCAGUAGGGACGGUGGCGCUCACAGAGGAGAACCUGGGAGAAGGAGGGAUCUCAGUGAACUCGCCCAGGCGUCCUCAGAAGACAACGAGGUGUUCGGAGAGGCAGAUGCGAACCAGGACAAUGGAACCUCGUCUGAGGACACAGCGGUGACAGACUCCAAGCGCACAGUGGACCCAAAGAAUGCCUGGCAGGAUGCCCGCCCAGCUGACCCAGGGAGCCGCCCCCACUUGAUCCGCCUCUUUUCCCGAGAUGCCCCGGGGAGGGAGGACAACACCUUCAAAGACAGGCCCUCUGAGUCCGACGAGCUCCAGACCAUCCCAGAAGACACUGCCGCAGAUCCUGAGAGCCUGGGUGUGAUGGCGUCACAGAAGAGACCCUCGCAGAGACACGGGUCCAAGUACCUGGCCACAGCAAGUACCAUGGACCAUGCCCGGCAUGGCUUCCUCCCGAGGCACAGAGACACGGGCAUCCUUGACUCCAUCGGGCGCUUCUUUGGUGGUGACAGGGGUGCGCCCAAACGGGGCUCAGGCAAGGUACCCUGGCUAAAGCAGAGCAGGAGCCCUCUGCCCUCUUAUGCCCGCAGCCAGCCUGGGCUGUGCAACAUGUACAAGGACUCGCACGCGGCCAGGACUGCCCACUACGGCUCCCUGCCCCAGAAGUCUCAGCACGGCCGGCCCCAAGACGAAAACCCUGUAGUCCAGUUCUUCAAGAACAUCGUGACACCUCGCACACCACCUCCGUCACAAGGAAAGGGCAGAGGACUGUCCCUCAGCAGAUUCAGCUGGGGGGCCGAGGGGCAGAAGCCAGGAUUUGGCUAUGGAGGCAGAGCUUCCGACUAUAAAUCGGCUCACAAGGGAUUCAAGGGGGCCCACGACGCCCAGGGCACGCUUUCCAAAAUCUUUAAGCUGGGAGGAAGAGACAGCCGCUCCGGAUCUCCCAUGGCCAGACGCUGAAGCCCCGCCUCCUGUCCAGAACCCGCCCUCAGCUUCUUCACAUAACUGCCUUAAACUUAAUUCCCUUCGCGUGGACUAGCUAGUUAGAGCAGACGACCCUCCCUAACCCCUGCAGCUGUGCCAGCGAAGGCUGCGCACGGCACCCUAGGGCAAUUUCUGGCCGAUAGUCAAAUGCAAAAAAUGUAAACAAAAAAGGUCAAAACUGUCACUUUUCAUUUGAAGAUUGAGCUUCCUCAGGGCCUUUGGUGCGCUGCACGUGGCCCUGAUGCACAGGGGUCUGGUCUUCGUAGGUCCAAGGCCCCUGGCGUCCCCCCAGUUUGCCCCGCCUCCCCCCUGGACUUUCUUUUUGCCGGGACAGGGCUGCCCCUUGAAGCUUUGGCUGGCAGGCACUGCCGUGGAGAUGCCUCGCUGCGGAGCCAGAGAACGUGGGCGGGGACUGUGUGAUCCAGCUUCCUUGGUUUUCUUUCCCGUCCUUCUCUCACCUCCUAAAGCACACUUUAUUUUUCCUAACAGGAUUAGACAGUCCAGGAGUGGCUUACUACACGUGGGAGCUUUUGGUACGUGAACGCAGGCUGGGCAGCUGUGAGAGACCAGUGUGGGGCGGCACAGAGAGGGGGCGCCUCCGGGGACCCCCACACCCCACCUGCAGAAUCCGAGCGUGGCAGAGGGAGGGAAGGAGGCACACGGGCUGGGCGAUGGCCCCAGGCAGGAAACGGCAACCUGGGGAGUCAGGCACGGAGACCUCCUGCACGUGGCCUCUGGAGCGGCCACUGUGAAGAAGCCGCUUCCUGCCCAGAGCCCAGGAGAGUCCAGGAGACGGCGCGUCUCAGAGAGGGAUCAGGAGUUCUCUGGGUGGCCUUGCAGAGUCACUCCGGUCCCUGGCAUUGGGUGUGACCAGCGUGGCUCGCACUGGCAGUGUCCAUUGGCACACUAACCCGCAGUGAGCGUAUAACCUCCCCCUUCAGUCCCGUCCUAGAAACCACUGAACGACUUAGCAGCAAGCCCAUUCCUGAGCCACUAACCCAGACACGGGCUGGCCUGGCCGCCCUUCGGGAGGGUCCGCUCUGUGUGCCUCCCCGACCCUGCCCUGCAGACUCACCUCUCGAUGGAGCUUGUCCUCAGAGACCUUCCCGAGUCCCACGCUGGUGCCAUCUGCAUACCACGGGAUGAGGAAUAGUGCAAGGCCAACAUGUAUCUGUAGAUCCCCGUCUAACCCUGAAUGCCUAGUGUGGUCCAGCGUAAUGCCUACUAAUACAUAGCCUCAGCCGUGAGGGGCCAGAGGAAAAGCAGCAGAUUCCAGAAACACACCCGCCCAUUGUUCACAAGAGGGCUCGCCUCUCCCGGCAGUGUGGGCGUGAUCUCCACUCCUGGCUUCGCCCACACAGCAGGUGCUGCGGAGAUGGGUCCUCGGGGACCUCACUGUUCUUGAAUAUUGAAAUAAAAUAAUGAACUUGCA